AUGUCAUCUAUUAUUCAAAAAUGUAAUGAUGACAAUAUACCGUUGGCAGAUGACGAUCCACAAGUCAUAAUUACAGAUGAUAUAGAAAAUAAUCAUUUGGAUCACGGCCGUUCUAUGGAUUCUUUACCAAGUUCGUAUACAGGUGGUUCUUCAAGUCCUGGUCUUAAUGGACCGCCUAGCUUCGAACCUGAUUCUGGUAUUGAUGAACAAGAAGAAAAAGCUCGUUUAAUAUCACAAGUACUGGAGUUGCAAAACACAUUAGAUGAUCUCUCACAGAGAGUGGAUUCAGUAAAAGAAGAAAAUUUAAAGCUGCGAUCAGAGAAUCAAGUUCUUGGACAAUAUAUAGAGAAUCUAAUGUCUGCAUCCUCAGUAUUUCAAUCCACUACUCCCAAUGUACAUAAAAAGUAA